AAAGAGAAUGGCGUAUUGUAUUCAUACGUCUUCGAAGGGCUUAGCCAUCUGCCAAUGAAGUUUUACUUCCGUGAAUGUAAUUAUAGUUCGUCCGCUCUAAAUUGGAAGUGAAAGUAUAACGUAUAGUGGGAGUUUGGUGUUUUGAUGCGGUUGUUAAUUUAAGUGUUAGGAUUUUUUAAGCAAGGUAUCUUUUAGUCACAUAUUAGAUAUGGACGUAGAAAUGCGGUGGGAAGUAAUAGACGCUCUUAGAAACUCGGGAAAAGGCCGUUUAUCAUAUAACUCAGAUUGGCCGCAAAGCUCAGAGAAUGCCAUCGAAAGCUGCAAGUCUCCUCUGUUACUGUCCCCGCAUUUUGGAUGUAUUCUGUCAAGAAAGUUCUCAUCUCCAAUUAGUCCAGUCUACUCCGUAGAUGGCCUCUCAGGAGAUCCAUUAAUCACAGAGUUGGAUUCCAGUAACCAUCUGUCUCUCUUCUCAGAGAAUGAGACCUCUGUAUUGUCACCACCAGAUAUUGGAAGCAAGGAAACUGAGAAAUCUGCAUCAGCAAUGGAUAAUGAAUUGGGGACUGGACCAGGUCUGUUGCUUUUAUCUCCCAGGGCCACAAAGGUGGAGGGCUGUAUCCGGGUAAUGAAAGAAGUCCACAGAUCGAAGGGACAGACACGAGUCCAGAAGCAUCAGGAACUGCAAGAGAAAAUGAUACAAGGUGUCUCAGAAAUGGCUUCAGAACAUCUGAAGCAACGCGUGGAACUAAUGGAGCUUAAACAGCGUCAAGACUUCCAGAAUAUACGAGAUGAGAUGGAAAAGAGUGGUAUAGAAGUUCUUGGACGUCAAGAAAAACUGAAGGAGGAACACAGGCACAGAACAAAGAUAUUAAACCUGAAGCUGCGUGAGGCAGAACUACAGCGACAGAAGCAGGAGGAGCUGGAACGCCAGCGAUUGGCAGAAGGUCGUGAAAGAUGGUAUCGCCUCAACUCCAUCCAGGAGGAAGUUCUCCAAGUAAACUUGCAGAUAGAUCCGAAACCCAGGGAUUUACCAGGGCUUGACCUUUCAGGAUACAGUGUUCGUGGAAACCAAAUAUGCAGUAAUGUUUCCGAGCUAGUAAGAACUACUCGAGCGGGUGAAUUCCCUAGUCAGGAGGUUGUGGAUGCUGCAUACCAUGCCCUGCAAGAAAUAAGAGCUUUAGUGACCAGCAUGCAGCAGGAAAUAACUAUGGCCAUGGAGGAAAGGAACCAGAAGCUAAAGGAAGAGAAGGCUGCACAGUUAAAGCAACUUCCACAAAAACAAACUAAUAACACAGUAGCUGAUAACCCUUCAAUGGCACAGAAGUAUACUCAAAAAAAGACAGGUCUCCAGACAAAGUCUGAUAGAAGUUUACUGCAGUGGUAUCAACAACUGCAGGAUAUGUGCAACCAGUGCUUCACUUCUUUUGAUGUACUUAAUAGUACUAAGGACCCUCAGGAAAAGAAAACGAGGACUGAGCUGCAGAAGGUAGCUGUGAUGUCUGUUAACCAAAUCUCUGGUGUUUCAGGUUCAAAACUACGUGGAGUUUUUCAGAAGAUGGAUGACCUGCUCUCUGGGAGGAAAGUACAGUGCAGAGACAAAAGCGUAUCAGCAACUCAACAUCCACAUGGAUUGGAUUUUGUAUUUUACAAAGUCGCUGAAGUGUUUGUGAAACAAGGAGAAACUGAGGUGUCUGCACAUCACGAAACUGUCUUCCCCAUAGCUGUGGUAGCAUCAGGAAUCUGGGAACUGCACCCCAAAUUUGGAGACCUUUUUCUAGCCCAUCUACAUAAGCUGUGUCCUUAUGCUGUCCCUUAUUUUCCUGCACUGAAAGCGGGAACAUCAAUGGAGGAGUACCAGAGGAUCCUUGGGUAUCAUGUACAUCAGUCAGGAGUGGAACAACAAGACAGUUUUUUGAAGAGGAUGUCAGGGAUGAUGCGUUUAUAUGCUGCUAUUAUCCAGUUACGAUGGCCCUAUGGAAACAAACAAGGGUUUCAUCCACAUGGACUAAACAAUGGCUGGAGAUGGCUAGCUCAGAUGCUGAACUUGGAACCUGUUGUCGAUAUUUCAGCAACUCUGAUUGUUGACUUCUUGGAGGUGUGUGGAAAUGCUCUGAUACGCGAGUACCAAACACAGUUCUGGAAGAUGAUUUUGUCUAUAGAGGAAUGCUAUUUGCCCAGAAUUGAAGCAGUUUCAAGCCCUGAACAUAUGGGCUCAGUCAUGAGGUUGAAGCACUUCCUACAGAAAUGCCUGAAAAGUAAAGACAUUCCACUGCCUAAAGGAUACCUUAAAGACAGUUUCUGGCAAUCAUGAAACACUGGGCCAAGGCUUGCAGAACCAUUGUAACAUCAUCUUCAUAUGUGACUCUUUAGGAAAAAUAGUGGCUCUGGACUAAUAGAAAUAAACCAGUACUACAAAGAAGCAUGUUUUACACGCAUUUUAUGGCCAUUUGAGAGAAAUGCCUCUUAUUUUGUGUUAUCUAUGCUUGGAACUGGUUUGUUUAACAUGAGUUUUUUUUUCCUUUUUUUAAUUAUAAUUUUUAAAUAAUGUAAAUUAUCUGACAGUUGAGGCAGUACUAUACUUAAGAAAAAAUAUAUAUUAUUGCCAAAAUAAUUUUUAAACUUGAAUAGGUUUUGAAGUGAAACAUUCUGCUUAGAAUUUCAAGUGGUUUCCAUGGCAGUUUGUCAGAAUACGAUUUCAUCAUCAUUUGAAAGAAACAGGGUUUCUCUAUUAAGACUGUAAUGGGAUGCAAAGUCCUUUGGAUCCUUUAAGUUUUGUAGCCUCUGAAAAUCAACACUCAUCUGGCUUACAUUAUUCUCUGGCUUUAUUUUAAGACACUGUAGUAUGGUAUAAUUGCUGUAUUGAACCAUCCUUUUCAUAAGAACUUGUUGCAGUUAGGUUCUUUAACAGCCCAAAACUGCAACUGAAAUUAUAUGAAGUGCUGCAAUACAGAAUCUUCAUAGUUUAUGAAUUAGUCUGAAACACAGUGGAAACCCCCACUUUUUGUCCCAUCGUCCUUUUUAAGAUUUAUUCCACGCAGGCAUAUCUCUAGAUAUUUAUAAGGUAGCUAGAAGCUCUGCUUGAAAUUAUAUUUCAUGAUUAAUGCAGUUAAUGUUUUUGUAGUAUUUUAGUGUUAACAGAAAGAAAUGGGUUAACUAUCAAAUGCCACCUUAUCCACUAACCCUAAGAAGAUUCAUGUUAAGUUCCUUGUACCACGGAAUUACACAACUUAAGGUAACCCAGCCUGUAAAAUGUCUUAAUAGAUAAUGUUUAGAACCAUGGUUUGUAACUGUUAAUAAGCCUGUGCUAUACUGUAUUACACUGGGUCUAGUCACACUGUGUCACUGAUAUCACAGAGUUCUAGAAAUAGUUGCAGUACAAUGUAAUUAAAGGGUGCAUGUCAUCAUCAUAUCUGCACUGCUUAUUUAAAAUACUUUCAUUUCAUGUUUAAUGUCCAGUAUGGAACUUGGUUGUUUGUCUGCUGUCUGGACACUUUCAUAAGAAUGUCAGUUUUUAUUUAUUAGAUAUUGUUAUUAAAAGCAGUAUAUAAUAAUACAUGCAUAUAUAUGGUUUUCCUUUUAAAACAGAAGUGGAAAACAAGAAAACCAGAUGUGCAACAGUAUUUCCGGUUGAUUAUUCUAUGAAUAAUUUGUGCACAUUAGUAUGUGAUCAUGUGGCCUGAUGCAUCAAAGCCCAUUUGGUCAAGACUGGAAGACCACAUGGUUUUAUUUCUAUUAAAAAUAUAUAAAUC